AUGGAAGGUGAAUUACCAAGCGUAAAGAAAUGGAUUGUGUUGUAUCCUGUUUAUAUAAAUUCCAAAAAAACUGUAGCUGAAGGGAGACGAAUCGGCAUCUCCAAAUCAUGCGAAAACCCUACUUGUGCGGAAAUUGGGGAUUGUUGCAAUUAUCUUAAACUUCCUUUUGCGAUCGAGAUAGACAAGGCUUACCCUCGUGAUUUCAUGCAAAGGGGACGAGUUAGGGUUUUGCUGAAAAAGGAAGAUGGAACUCUCAUUAAUCCAGCCAUUGCUUCCAGAAAGCAACUAAUGUUAUCCAUUGCUGAGAUGGUCCCUAGACAUCAUGGAAGAACCAAAAAGCAGGAGACCUCAUCAGCAUCAACUGCAACUGCUGGACCUUCCAACAAAUCUGGGAAAGGUGGUAAAAAAAGAAGAUAA